AUUUUCGUGUGAGACAUACACAGACAUAGUAUGUAUCAAUUUACCUAGUUUUUAAUUAAUUUUUUUAUAUCUUUUAGUAGGUAACAAAAUAUUAUAUUUUCGUUGAAUAAUAUGAAAUUUCCCUUUUCUAAAUAUCUUUUUUAAGUGGUGCUAAGAAUAUAUCAACACUGUAAACUGUAUCGCGUAAUCAUUAUUUUGGCAUUAUCAACUUUCGGCAUCGGCAUUUUCUCUAUUUCGUCCGAGAGCAACUUAAUACUUAUUUACAGUAUUGACUAUUGACUGUACUAUAUACAUAAUCCUCCAAGCAAAUAAGUUCUUUAUUUCUGUUACAAGUUUUCACAAUUAGAGUAAAAUUAAAUACAAAAUACAAAUUGUGAUUCAUUUUUAAUCUAGUACUUUUUAUUUUGAAUUAUUUACUUUUAAUUGAAAAAGAUCUAUUCUUACACAAACACUGAUCCUUGGUGUAAUGAUGACAUGUUAACCAACGACGCAUUGUUGGUACUAGCAUUAUUAGUUAAAAAUUCUUCACUUGACCAUCUUAAAUGGACCGCGAUUUUGCAUUGGUUCCAAAAUCAACUAUCUGGAUGUAGCUCUUCAUUGUUAUCAUCACAUCAGUCGAUGGAACAACGUCCAUACUUUGGCCAACGGGACGGUCACAUUAGAGAUGCAUUACUCGAAAAAGAACUGGAUUGGUUGGCCAAGGAAGACCGUGGCAAAAGAUUACGUGUCGAUAGACAGACAUUUCACAAGUUAUUGUCAAAAUUACAUCCAUAUAUGGCUAAAGUUAAAAAUGGACUAAAAGUUAGUGCUGCUAGGCGUUUGACAGCAACUCUUAGAUUUCUAGGUACCAGCUCUACACUACAAGAAAUUAAGAUUGACACCCACAUAUCACCUCAAAUGUUAGCAAAGAUCAUUGUAGAAACUUGUGAUUGUAUUAUAGAAGCACUCAAAGACUACAUUAAGUGUCCUCAAACAGAAGAAGAAUGGAUGCUAGUGUCAACAACUUUUGAACGUACUACAAGGUUUCCAUCAUGCUUAGGUGCGGCAUGUGCACGUCAUAUUGAACUUCGCAAAGCAUCCAAAGCAGAUUCUGAUUAUCUUAAUGAACGUCGUCGACCCAGUGUCUUACUAUCAGCCGUAGUGGAUUCCAACUAUGAGUUCCUUUUAGUAGAUACAUGCCCAAGUGGGCAUCUUUCUGAAGAUAAUCCACCAAAUACAAUUUUAGAACGCAAAUUGAGAAUGACAAAGUUACCAUGUCAACUUAAUUCUAAUCAAUUACCUUACGUAUUUGUAGCUGAUGAAUGCUUUAAACUUCAAGAAAAUUUUAUGGUACCCUACAGAGCAGUGAAUGAUAAAGGUGGUGAUGCUAAUAAACUAUUUAAUAGACAAUUAGUCAGAGCCAAUCAAAGGGCUGCCAAAACUCUAGCCAUUAUGGCAUGGAGGUUUGGUGUACUGCAAACACCUGUUAAUUUAGAAGCAAAAAAAGUACAAAUCAUCGUUAAAGCUUGCUGUUAUCUUCAUAAUUUCUUUAAACGCGAAAGUGCUUAUUAUAUAGACAGUAAUAUGGAAGCUGUUAUCAAAGCAGAUAUGGCUCCAAUUGUGUGGGGUCCAAAUACUACAGUCAUACCCCACAUCAAUAAUUGUGAUAGUGACCCACAAUAUGUAAGGGAUAAUUUUUCAAAAUAUUUAUAUACACUAUCUAAACACCAAACACGUGUCUGUAAAUAAUUAAUAUUUUUAAAACCUUUCAGUUGAUUUUUUUAGUUAAUUUGUCUAAUUAGUAUUAAAUAUAGUACUGAUUAUUUUAUACUAGUCUAUUUGAAAUUUUACAAUUAGUAAAAUUAUCAAAUUUAAAACUAUUUUUUGUGUAAUAUAGAUAUACUAGAUGUAUACUGUUGAAGCCUUGUCAUAAUAAAAAUCACUGAAUUUAGGUUGGUUCAAAAUUAAAAUAAUAAAUAAAUAACUAUAUGAGAAAAUAACAAUUUAAAACUGUUUAUAAUAUUAUCAUUAGUAUUGUAUAUUUAAUUCACUUUUUUUGCACAAUUACGAAUAUAACACUAAGUUUUAAUGACUGAGAUUACUAACUGGUUAUAUAUAGCAGGUCUUCCAUAAUCCAUACUUGCCAAUUUUUAAACUUGUUUGUACUAAUUAUACACUUAAUGUUAUUA